CUUCAAGAGCAGGGUUGGGAGGACCUGUCUCAAAAGUUGGAGGUCGGCAUGUCAGCUGUAAAACGCGCACCCACGCCAAGUUUGUGUGAAUCUGCUCGGUUGCUCUCUUGGCUCUGUCGCAAGCCAUUGCUCCGUCAAGGAAGAAAGCUUCUUUCUGCACUCUACUAAGCAUGUGCGUCGAUCCCAAAUGCACCACAUCAGGGACGUCCUGCAACUACCCAAAUCAGAUACAACCUGGAUUAGCUGAAGAUUACGCCAAGCAGUUCCUAAUAUAAAGCUUCUUUGCAGGAAUGAGGUUUUAUCACACCUGCAAGCUCCCAGGAAGAAUUAUGGGGAUCCGACUACUUCAUUUCUCUUCAGUAGUGAUCCUUUUGUUAUUGCUUGUGGCGGGUGCAUUAACUGCUUUGCUUCCCAACAUUAAGGAAGAUAAAAUGCUCAACCUGCGUAGGUCCCAAGGCCAGAUUGCAUCGGAUUCGUUCACUCUUAUUAUGCAAACGUACAAUAGGACUGAUUUGCUCUUGAAGCUUUUAAAUCAUUAUCAAGCCAUCCCCCAUUUGCACAAAGUGAUUGUUGUGUGGAAUAAUGUUGGGGAGAAAGCUCCUGAGGAGACCUGGAAUUCCCUGGGACCUCACCCUGUCCCUGUUAUCUUCAAAGUGCAAACUGCAAAUCGCAUGAGGAACAGACUGCAGGUUUUCCCUGAGCUGGAUACCAAAGCUGUUUUGAUGGUGGAUGAUGACACCCUAGUUAGCGCUUUUGACCUUGUUUUCGCUUUCUCCAUUUGGCAACAAUUUCCAGAUGAGAUCGUGGGAUUUGUUCCUAGAAAGCACAUUCCCAGCCCUUCAGGAAUAUACAGCUACGGGAGCUUUGAGCUGCAGAGCCCUGUUGUCGGCAGUGGAGACCAGUACUCCAUGAUUCUAAUAGGAGCAGCAUUCUUCAGCAGCGAAUACCUAGAACUCUUUCAAAAACAGCCUGAAGCUGUGCAUGCCAUGAUAGACGAGACUCAAAACUGUGAUGACAUUGCCAUGAAUUUCUUAGUGGCCAAACAUACCGGAAAGCCUUCGGGCAUGUUUGUGAAGCCAGUAGACAUCCGAAAUUUGGAAAAAGAAAGCAACACCGGCUACUCUGGAAUGUGGCAUCGGGCAGAGCACUUGCUCCAGAGGUCAUACUGCCUAAAUAAAUUGGUUAGCAUCUAUGGCAACAUGCCCUUAAAAUACUCUAACAUUAUGAUUUCUCAGUUUGGUUUUCCUAACUAUGCUAAUCACAAGAAUAAAAUGUAAGGAUGCUCUGGGAACAAAUGCUUUUCACAUGCUUUUCAGCAGGUUAAAAGGGUAAGCUAAGAAAGGAAGUAGGUAUGCAAGGGAUCUGUAGGUUGCACAAUACUUAGAGCUUGUUUCCUCAAAGGCUGUUUGGAGAUGUGAUACCUGGGGGGAGCAUUCCGUCUCUGUGCUCAGCAUGCAAAAGCCUCUUCAGUUAGCUUUGUCAUUUCUCACUAUUUCAGUCACCAAACCACAAUUGCACGAGGACAGAAUAUCCCCAAAAUGCAGAUACCUUCCCAUGGCCAACAUCACUUAGAAGGCCAUAAGAAAAGCUACAUCACCACCAUUUAAUUUAAAAAAAACAAAACGGGCACACAUCUAUUCAUGUCGGGUCAUCUGUGAACUAAAAGAACAGAGAACCAACUCUUUUUAAAGAGUUUCCAUGGCUGGCUGCUUGGAAGCAAUCCUGAGUAUCACAGAUGACCAGCAAAUAUCUGUCUGUAAGUCUGUACAUAACACUUCAUUCACAUAUGAUACAUUACUCCAGUGUAAUCAUCUCCUCCCCCACACCCACACACACACUUAAGUGCACCGAUAGAAGCAUGGAAUGAAUUUUUUUUCACUUUUCUAUUUAGUGUUCAUUUGGCAGUAAAAAAUUUUAAGAAGAGAAAUAUGGUUAAAAAUGAAUUAACAGGGACAACUAUUAACGUUCGUGUACUUUGUUCUGUGCCCAUGGAAGGGAGUUGCUGUCCACUUCCUUGUACUUAUUUUAAUAAAUAAUGUAUCUACAUUUUUGAAGUGGUUUUGCUACAUUUCUCAGGCCAAGGAACACUCAGUGCAAUCCUAAACAGAGGGAUAUCCUUCUAAGCCCACUUACUUCAGCAGACUUUAAAGGGUACCAUGACUCUUGUUUACGGUUGUGCUGUCACUGAAUUACUUGAGUUGACUGAUUCUGGAAGAACUGUAAUGCAACUGCAGGUUUGUCUAACUUGUACUUGACUUGCAGUUCUUGCAACGUCCUUGUGUCUCCUGAUGAAGCUUGAGACCAGGACCAAAAUGCAAUUGCCACCUCCAUCCUGUUGUAGAUUAAUUUUGUUAAGACAGGCCUCUUUGGGAUUGCUGUAUGGAGAACACAUGGAGGAUGUAGCACAGUGGUAUAGAUACAGGUGCACCAAGAGGGAAAGGCGUGGUUCAGAUGUAGCAACAACCCAUGGCUUGACAUCACAUGAACAAAGCCAGGGGAUUUUUGAGUUCAUGCACUCCCAACUCCCACGCAUGGCUUAAUAAUUAGACUCGCAACUGCUUCCAAAUCAGCAACUGUGUGU